AUGGAUACCAAGACACCCACCGCAAGCCUCGUUGAGACGUUUCAAAAACAAAUCCUCGGUGGCAUCACCAUGGUCAAUGAGAAACUUUUUACAUUGUCGUACCCCCGUAGAAAGAAGUACCUCUCAGUACUUUUACCAGCCUUGCAUUCACGGAUCAAAGAGGUUGACUCUUAUAUCGAGAAACUCAGUGCGCCGGAUCGAGCUGACGAACUUGCAGCCAUGCGCGUCGUCCAACAGGAUUUGCUGCGCACGAUUCUUUUUGUCCAGAAAUUACUCGACGAGUACGACCAACAGAGGGUUCUCUUAAAGUUCCGCGAGCAACCUACCACUAAGCAAAUCCCUACGAUACCAUCUCCAACCAUCAACUCCGAAGAGCUUGAUACCCGCAACCCAUUCUCAACAAGUCUCAAGCUCGGCGAGCCACCCUCUUUGCUGCCAAAGAUGGAAGGCCUCGAAUUUGAAACAAAUCCGAAGGGACCUGUCAAAAAAAGCAUGCUUCGUCAACCUCGAGAGAAAUUUCCAGAGCCUAGCGUACCAGUUCACAAGGAAGGAGACGAAGGCUGUAAAGAAUGA